CACUAGUUUAUUUCAACCGCUCCAACACUCUCCUCUCGUGCAGCGGCCGCUCCGCUGUCCGUGCGCCCCCAGAAGUCAACGCAGCACGCAGUGCAGCCUCGUUAACGGCGAGGAGCUUCUGGACCUUUUUCGCGCUCUAGUUUCCGCUUCAUCUCGCGCGCCGACGAUGGAUCGCCUCGCGACGGAAGAAAUCGUUUCACUCGCAAUCCGGAUGAUCCAGUCGAUGAUGAAAUCGGUCGCCACGCCGCGGCUAGUUCUCGAUAUCUAAUCGUUUCAACGCAUCUGAAGAGUCGGAGCGAGACACGAGACACGGCCGGCUGAUCGUGAGUGUGUGCGCGUCAUGUGCGAUCGAAGAGUAUAAGUAUCGGCGACUUUCCUCGAUCGGAACUGCCGGUUUCCUUUGUACGCGUUUCUCCUUUCCGUCUCUUCCUGUGGGUCACGAAAUCUUCCAACGAAGCCGUCGAUUUCCCUUUAAUUGCGCUCUACCACGCGUUGAAUUGCUUCUCGCGUUGAGUAAAAACUUAUCAUUAUUUAUAAAAUUGUUCAGACUCGUAUUUUUAACUAGAUACUCAAUGCUAAAUAUGGCAACGUGGGGUUAAUUUAUCUAGAACUAUUUACUUAGCGCUAAACUAUUCCAAUAAUUGGAAUUCAUUAGUUCCACUUAGCAAUUAUUUAUCGAAAUCUAAACUGCGAUUCUACAUGAAAAAUAGAAGUAGUUUAUCAACGUGUAUAUUUUUCCUGAUACGUUUUCCGCAUAUCUUCUUGCUUCUUUUAAGACGAUGAAUCGACGAGGAAUACCGUUCUUUGCCUUGCGAAGGGCAAAAAGAUUAAGACAGAGGAUUGAUUGAGCACGCAUUUCCGGUUAACGCAAAGCGUGUUCCGUCGCAAUCGGAAACAAGGAGGGAGUGUAUACGCGGCGCGGCGUCGCGCCAGUUCAUCAUCCGGCGAUUCCGGAUCCGAUCGAUCCCGAUGGUUAUCCGCGUAUCGAAGGGAACGCGAUAACUGACUUCCGAGGGAAAGCCAUUCGCGAAAGAAGCGUGACGCGCGAGUACACGAGUGCCCGUUAACGACACGCACGUGUCGCACAGUCGCGUUACGGCUCUCCACGAGUUUGCGAAAUGCACGACGCGACGUGAGACAUCGUGCGUGUGGGCCGCGCGAGCGGGCAGCUGCGUAUACAACUAUAAAUGGCAACGGCGAGACGUUGACACGUGCGAUAUAUCAUGGGGGUGAUGGAUCAAACGCGAAGGGGAAGGGAAGUCAAAGUCUUUCGCGAUUCGGAGCAGAGCGGUGAACCUCGCGACGGCAAGUGUUCGCGCCGAAGUCUCGGAAACGCGCGCGGCAGAUUUUCUCAUCUUCGUCUGAUCGGAGAAGAGAGAAUCGGAUAAAACUCCUUCGCCUCUCGCGAGUAUGCUCGCUACAAUCAACUGCUGUCAGCUGAAUGCACGCCGAUCAUACUGAAAUUGAAUGUUGUCCCGCGGUUGUCCGCGAAACUCGUGCCAGUUUCUAUUCGUAUCUUCUAGGAUUGUAGCAAGCAACGAUUGUGAAGAGUGCACAAUAUUGAAAUAAUUCCAAAUAACAUUUGUCACGUGUCUAUGUGAUCGUUGCACAUAUACACACGCGUUCUAUGAGAGAAUUAUAUUAAUAAAAAUCGUGAAAAGUUAUUCCACUGUGAAUUCCACCUGCCUUCGAAUGCGACGUGAAAAUGAUUAAUCACCCCAACUGUUUUGACUGAUAUAUAUCUGCCGGAUCGAAUUGAUGAAUCAUGGUCAAAAAGAUGAAAAUCUCUAUUACAGAAUUAUUGCACAUGUUGAAACGUAUUAUUCGUUUUCGAAAACGGUGGCAUCACGUGAGGACAUUUUUCACCCGGACCACGUGAUCUUGGAGCUAUUGAUUAUCGCGCGGUGCCGUGUCUCAGGGACGAAGAGAAGAUACUCUCCGGCGCGGCGCGCGGUGGCGCGGCACGGCGACGGAAGGACAAGAUGCGAUGCACUUGAUUAGAACGCGCGACUAAUUGCACUUGCGGCAACUCGCACGACGCAUCGAAGGGUGAAGACGGGAGGAAGAGGAGGGAGGGUGCGGCGUGUCGAGGAUCCUUGUGGAUCGCGGUGGCGGUGGUGGCGGCUGAAAUGCCAGAGGGACAUUUUGAAAAUCUUUGGUUCAGCGCAUGCGUCCCGUGCCCUCGCGACGUCCGAUGGUACACGAUGGAGCCGUCGUCGCCGUCGCCUCCAAGCCGUUGUCGCUAGAAGAAACGGUCCGCACGGUGCGUGUCCGGGAGGAAUUAUAUACGCACUUCCCAAGUCAUCAUGGAAUUCGACGAAUCGGUGCCGAUCGGAUCGACGAGUAAUCAGUGAUAAUCAGUGUGUUGUCGUCGGCUCUCCUACGGGGGCUACGGGACGAGCAGCCGUCCGCUCUCGUCUCGAUAGGAUCGAUAGCGGGACAGAUCUUUCCAGAGAAGAGAGAUAGAGAAAGAAAGGAGCGCCACUUGUUCAAGAGAGUGUUCGAUCAAUUUUUCAAUGCGCGUUUCACGUCGAUAUCGGAGCCGACGGACGAUCCUUAAACGAGUGAAUGUUUCAUGAGACUGAAUUCGAGACGCAGCGAGAGAUGCCGGGUGAAAAUCGCGACCAGCUGUCGAGAAGCGGAGACGCAGGAGGUGAAGGAAGGGGAUGCGGUAGCGGCGGAAGUGCUCCAGGACACCGAGAGACCCCGAGAGGCGGCGGCGGCGAGCUAGAUCCUCGUAACCGUGGUAAACCAACCGCGACGAUGAUCCCGCUUCCCCGCACCGGCCAGUUCGCGUCCGCCUCGCAAAAUCAGAAGAUCGCCAAAACGGAGAAAAAUCGACAGAGACUGAUUAUGGAGAGCCGCGGCACCGUCGCCGCUGCCGUCGACGUCUUCGACAAGGAGCGGAGAAUCGGCAUACGGGAGGAAGAGACGCAGCAGACGAAUUGGCGAUUAUCAGCUGCCAACUGUUCGGCUAGCGCGCGAUUUGCCGAGGAUUUCAGCGAUUCGCAUCGAGGUGAAAAGGAGAACGCGGAAUCCCGCCGGGAUAGACUGCGCGCGACGGAGGGUCGCGUGUCGUUGUGCGGCUCGUCGGCGGUAGCGGCGGCGACGGCGACGGCGACGGCGGCGGGUAUUGGGGUGGAAGGCGUCGCCGGCGCGUGGAGCGCACAGAGAGGACGGCAGUCGCCGCCGCCACCCCUGGCAUCGCGCAGGCUGGACUCGGCCUCUGACGCCGCAGCAGCGUCGUUCAACCCCGUCGCCGCCGCCGCCGCCGCCACGCAGAGAUGCGCCGCUGCGAAGGGCGCCGCCGCCGUCGAUGCCGCAGCGCCGAGGCCGCCGCGUAUUUAUCUGGAUUCUCCUCUCGUCGCUGAGACCAGCAAAGAGGAUGCUAUGGAGCCGGAGACCAAGGAGGAGGACGAACGACGCUCGUCAACGCCGAGUCCCGAGUUCUACCUGAGGAGGAGUAAACAUUACAAUGAGGAUGGCAGCAGCGAGGAAGAAGCUAAGCAGGAUAGUGUUUUUCUGCCUAGCCACAGGCUACCAUCUUCGUAUCGCGGAACGUGGCCCAUCAGAAGAGAUGUAUGGGCUAAUCAACAGAUUGGCUUUCCGGCUCAGCAGAGCACAUCACUCGCUACACACAAUGAUGUGGCCAGCGUGAUGAGUUUCUCAUCGUCGUCGAACUCCGCGGUUCUCGGGGCUAACUCCGCGGAGCUGCAGGGCCAUCGACGAUUAGGUGCCAAGGUAGACGUGGUGUACAAUCUCCUGGGUAUGCUCGAGAAGAACGGCCGGGAUGAUAUGAGCACGACUCUGCUCUCUAUGAGCACCUCUAUAGACAGCUGCUUAGUGAUGAGACAAUCCGGAUGCCUGCCAUUACUGGUACAACUGAUCCAUGCGCCCGGACAGAGUCCUGACACUCGAGACAGAGCCAUGCAGGCGUUGCACAACGUGGUGCACGCCAAGAGCGACGAAAGAGCCGGUCGCCGGGAGGCGCGGGUGCUUCGAUUCCUCGAGCAGCUGCGUGACUAUUGUCAGAGUCUGAGGAUGUCCCUGGAACGGGAUCAGUCAGCGGAUGACCUCGAGAGGGGACAUCCCGCGGCGACAAUAGCCGCGCUUAUGAAAUUAUCCUUCGACGAGGCCCAUCGCCACGCGAUGUGUCAGCUGGGCGGCCUCCACGCGGUCGCGGAACUCAUCGAGAUGGAUCACUUGGCCCAUGGCAGCGAGAGCGACGAUCAGAACUGCAUCACGUUAAGACGGUACGCGGGAAUGGCGUUGACCAACUUGACCUUCGGUGACGGCAAUAAUAAAGCGCUGCUCUGCUCCUUCAAAGAAUUCAUGAAGGCGUUAGUUUCACAACUGAAAAGUCCGAGCGACGAUCUCAGGCAAGUAACGGCCAGCGUCCUGAGGAAUUUGUCCUGGCGCGCCGACAGCAGCAGCAAGCAGACUCUGAGAGAAGUGGGUGCGGUGACAGGCUUGAUGAAAGCCGCUAUGGAAGGUCGCAAGGAAUCCACCCUCAAAUCAAUCCUGUCCGCUCUGUGGAACUUGUCGGCUCACUGCAGCACGAACAAAGUGGAUAUCUGUGCCGUGGACGGCGCGCUGGCCUUUCUCGUGGACAUGCUAAGUUACAAGGCGCCAUCUAAGACGCUUGCGAUCGUCGAAAACGCCGGCGGUAUUCUGAGAAAUGUAUCGAGCCACGUAGCGGUGCGAGAGGAUUAUCGAGCUACCGUGAGAGAGAGAGGCUGUUUGCAAGUUCUCCUACAGCAGCUGAGAUCACCCAGUCUGACGGUGGUCAGCAAUGCCUGCGGAGCACUCUGGAACCUGUCCGCGCGGUGUCCUCAGGAUCAACGUCUUCUUUGGGACCUAGGGGCCGUGCCGAUGCUGCGUAGUCUCGUUCAUUCCAAGCAUAAAAUGAUCUCAAUGGGUUCUAGCGCGGCCUUGAAGAAUCUAUUGAGUGCCAGACCCGGCUGCAACAAUCUCGUCCACUUGGACUCCACCGCUCGCGGACUGGGGCUGUCGACCUUGCCGAGCCUGGUUGCCCGCAGGCAACGGGCUCUGGAGCAGGAGAUUGAUCAGAAUCUGGCCGAAACGUGCGACAAUAUCGAACCGAGCACGUCGCCGACUAACAAAGACGACAAAUUCACAUUCAAGCUCGAUCACAGUCUCCUCGGCAUCAGUGCUCAUGGCCUGCGUUCUUAUCAGUUGCACAGUCAACCCAGCACAUCCACCGCCAAAUGCAACGGAGUCGCCAGGAGUGAGAGUAGAGACUCGAUGCGUUCUGUGACAAGUACGCAUUCCGACACGAUGUUUGAACGAAUAAAUCGUCAUGUUCUGAACGGGAUAUCGCCUACCGACUCGCAGAUCAAACAACAAUCCUCAUCGUUGCAUUCCACUAUCGGAUUCGGUAAUAACGGCGUAUGUAGCGACACGAAAGUCACCUCCUCCGAAAGGAAAUAUACCUUGCGUUACAAAAAUGCAAUACCGGAACAAUUAGGACCGUCCGACGUUUUCGAUAUAAACGAGCUGAGAUGCACAAAUUCUACCAUAUCAUGGGCUGCAGUGCCUAAUCAAGAACCCUCUCAAACCUCGUUGCACUCUUCCAUCGAGAACAACAUGUCUCUGAUCGAUCAGAGCGUGUCAUCCUCGUCUAAGGCUGGUAGCCAGUCUAGCGUCUCCGAAGAGGUCGAAGCGACUGUUCGCGUUAAAUCGGAUUAUCGACGAACAACCGCAAACACGACCGUCGAUAGUUCGAAUCCGACCUCCUAUUUAUCUGACAUUUCUCCUAUAAAAGAAAGUGCGAGUAAGGUCCUUUUGCGUCAUCAUGAUAUUGAUACUGCCCUAAACAGUAUUCAGAAAACAAUAUCACCUGCAACGAUUGUUCCCAGUCCGGACGAUAAUUUAUUCGGCAAUUACGCCGAAACGGAUUUGGAUCAACCAACCGACUAUAGUCUGCGCUACGGCGAGCAAACUAUAGACGACGAGAAACAACAUUCCGAUUUCUUUUCGGGCAAUGGUCAAGGACUCCUGCAUGAGGACACAGUCAGAACUUACUACACAGAGGGAACACCACGCGAGACGUCCCUGAACUCGUCCAGGGCCACUUCCGCUUCCGAUCUACAGGACGAUAGCCGUAUAAGGAGCUCAUCGAAGAAAUUACCGGAACGAUAUAAGGCGAGGCAUGUGGAGGACACCAGUGAAUGCAAAGCAUUGUCCUUGACAGACGUACCAAAACUGAACGACUUUACCGAAUCUGAAACGGAUUUGAAUUUACGAGACGUGACACAUCUUACGGACGAUGAGAGCGCGAAUCGUUCGUUACCGUACCUUGAGGAAAAUUUGGGCAGCAAGCAUCUCAAAGGCAAUCGAGAAGACGCAAGCAUGCAAAGUCAUUCAAGUGUAAGAACGACGCCAAUUUCGAUGGUAUUAGGAAAUUCUGAAUAUAAUGACGAUCAUGAUGGGGAGUCCAGCUCUAGGAUUAAUAGUCAAGACUCUAAGUCAAAUACGUGCAAAAUAAAUACAAAUUUACCAGCGAGUGACAUUGAACUUUCAUCUAACAGCACUGGUUUAAAGACUUCUAAUAACGAUUCAGGAUAUCAAGUUAGCGACGGAGACGAGGAUGACGAGGAUUUAUUAGCCGCUUGUAUUAACAUUGGAAUGCAAAAUAAUCGGCAUAGACAUUCCUUCGUAGGAAAUAAUCUCGAAAAACUUCCUCGAUCAGAAACUAAUCUGACUCGAUAUCAAACUAAUCUUGCUUUGGAUCAAGUAGAGCAUAAAGGAACUGUAGUGCCCAAUAGUUCAUUGUUUAAUAUAAAAUAUGCAGAAUCUCAUGGAACCACAGCUGAAAACGUUUUGACAAAGGAAAAUAGAAAAGAUGAGAAGGAUAAUAACGAAAAACUAUCUAAAAGAAAUAUUCAGCUAGAAACGAUCACGGCAACAACAAACGUGAAUGACAAAUACACGCAUAAUGAGAAAUCAAGUAACAUUAUGGCUAUGAAAACAGUAAAUGAUAAUAAUCACAGCAAUAAUUUCUCAGAAGGGGCAAUAUCUGUAUUACAGAAAUCUAAUGUAUCCUUAGAUAAAAACAUUUCUAAUGAUUUUAUCGUAACUGAUGAAUGCAGCACAGAUCCAAAGGGCUCCAUUAGAGUAGAAGCAAUAACUGAUGUUCGGCUUACGGAUAUAUCGUCUAUGAAGCAAUCAAAAGAUUCCGAAAGUAGCGAGUCGAUCGACUCAGUCGAGCAGUCCGAACAUGCGCUUUUAGAACUAUGCAUUCAACCCGGUAUAAAGUCUGAAGGCAAUAUCGCUUUCAACCAAAGUAACGCAGAUUACGUUAAGUCGCAGCUAGAGUUAUAUAACAAACAAUUAGACUUCAUAAAAGGAAGAAAUAACGAUGAAACCGAGAUUGACGGUAACAUGAAUGGAAAACCGGAAGCAACCUUCGAAAUCGUGAGGACCUCGGAUGUUUUGCAUCGUGACAGCGCGGAGAAGCAUAUAAAAGAAGAGACAUAUAGACGGCAGAGAGAUCCCGAUGCUAUGAUCGCUUCGUUAGAUCGAUUGACAGCAACGUUGGUUCAGCAAACUGAAGCGAUACGUGAACGAGACUCUGGUACGAUGAAGCAAAGUCUGACGUGCGACACGUGGAAUGAGGAUUCGCCCAAUGACGUUUCCUUCCCCAGUAUCAGCAUGAGUGCACCGUUAGUCGCUUCGUUCAACAGCGAUGCGCAGGAAGAUCAGCGUACGACCAUAUCGGAGAAUAACGAGCAGAUCAACAUGACAGAGUCGAAAAUCAUCCAGCGCGAGGCUAUCAAGCUAGCGGAAGCGGUGGAUGCAGAGGCGAACAAUCAGAAUGAGCUCGAAACAACGAAUCUGACGAUUAUUGACCUCGAAGCGAUCAAACCGCCGUCUUCGAUGGGAAGUUUACUUUCAUUGACGGCAAGCUACGCUGGCACUGCUGACAACACUGCUGAAACAUUCAUUAACCGGGACAGAUGUUAUUCCACGUCGUUGCCACCGGCACCGAUGAGAAGUUCCAACGAUCCUCGCAACGUGCGGAAAAAGUCUUUGCCGAUCGGCGUAGUAGCUAAGCGAGCCCUGGGCCAAAACCAGAGUCACACGACUAGUUUGGAAAAUUUACUAAACGAAUGCACCAGCACGCACUUGGAAAACGUCAAACCACCGUCCAUGAUGGAUGAACUGCCGGAUGUAGGUGAUAUGGAGAACAGCAUGUUGAGUGUGGCUAGCAUCACGUCGGAGAUCGCGGAUUCGAAGGAGCAAGAUUCGCACAGUUUAACCGGCAGCGACCCAGUGGUGUUCGAGAUGCUGAAGCCGGUCGCAAAUGUACUGUCUAUGACAUGCAUGCGUUAUGUUGAGGGUAUGCAGAGUAGCGCGAGUAACAGUCUGAGCGAAUGCUUGGAGAAUAUCAAUCCACCGUCCUUGUUCAACGAGGUGACUGAGAUGGAUGAGUCCACCAUGGAGGCGACUACCGACACCAUGUGCAGUGACACCCUGUGCAUAGAUAUGGAUUUACAUACCGAUGAAGCAGUGCACUCGAUCGUGGCAGAAGUGAUCGACGAAGCGGAGAACGAUACCGAUGAGGCGGCCACUCCAAUCUCGUCCGAGUAUUGCGUCAGUAGCUCAGCGGAAUCGACGCCGAAGAGGCGACCGCACUCGAGGAGCUACUUGACCCCGAAGCAAAAACGAAACUUGGCGAAAGAGAGGUACAAGACAUAUACCAUUGCCGCAGAGAUUGUCAAGAAAGAAGAGGAAGAACGCCGGAGGCAAGACGGUAUUAUCAACGAUGCCGUGGGUGGUAGAAUUUCACGCGGAAAGUGUUCUCCCUUCUCAAAAUUGACACCAAAGCAACGCAGACAAGAGAAUAGAGCGAGAUUCCAGACGCAAGUGCUGGAGAAUCCAUUCCCGGAUCUGAAUGUAGCCCAAACUAAGGAUGUAGCGGCGCACAAGAUGACCAUUGAAGAUACUGUCGAGAAACAGGAAUCUACGUCCUCCAUCAAAUCCUCGAUCCCUACGCUCACAAAGCUGCCUAUGUGCAAGACUGUGAGAAGAAAACGCGGGGAUUCGCAGGAGAACAAGGAGAGAUAUCGCACAAGGACGUUGAACGAUUCGGAAACUGUCUUCAAGGAGAGAAAUCCUGCUUUGAGCAUCGGCAUGACGGAAGAGGGACAAGCAAGCGCGCAAGGAUACGCGCGGGAAGAAAUUCAAAACAUGCUACAACAAAAUGCCACCAUUGUGCUGAACACUCUGAACGAGUCAAGUAAAGCUAAUGAUUCGACUGGAGACGACAUUCUGCGUUGCGAGACCAUCACUUUGGCGUCGAAUGAUCCUGAGUCAGAUCGUAAUCUAAGAAUGUGUCUCAUUAACGGGCUUUCAAAGAAGCUGAUAGGUACGCAAUACGUUAACAACGCCCAAACUUCCACGACAAACAUUGACAGUGAGGAAUUAGAAGGUGAACACGUAGAAGUUACUUACAAGAAUCUGGGCUCGACGCACCCAGCUGAUUCAAGCAGCGACGAAGAGUCCAAUUGCGCCGAUGAGGGACAAGAACCCAGGGAGACGAAAAGGCCGCGGAUAAUCAAACCGGGAAUGCCAGGUCGAGAUCCGAGCGCGGAUUCCAACGGGACGGAUAAAUCUGAGCCGGAAAGCCCGAAGGCUAUUCGAGGACGAAGAAAGGCGCUCUACUCUAACCCAAUAACGCGAAAGCCGACUCCGCAAUCUUCGCCGUUGAAGCAAAUGAACCCUGUCAGCGGGAUACCGAUAGGUCGCAGCAACACUUCGCCCAUUGUUAGAGCUACUAGAGCCACCACAUUGCGACAGAGUAACAAUAGUACGACGAUUGCUGCGAAAGACUCUCCAAAGUCUAACACAAGCCCGAAGAGGAUAUCACCUUCCGUGGAUGCAGAGAAGAAGACACGAAAUUUAACUGUGUCCAAGAGAGCCUCCGUACCUCAAAAGGGAUCUAUGUUGACUUUCACGAAAUCCACUAAGCGUCACAGUACACCCUCAGCUUGCUCAUCUAACUAUCAGAACGACAGCAGACCGCCAGAGGUCCCGAUUAAGCUGUUGGAGCGUCAAGGAACUUUUACGAAGGAUGAGCCGGAGGUGGAGAAUGCCCCGACGGUGCAUUCUACGUCCGCUUCUCCGAUAAAGACCAAGAUCGCCAAACCGAUCAAAGGUGCUUCGUCAAAAAUAUAUCCUGCAGCGGGAAAAUCCAAAAUCUCCGUGAAAACACAUCAAGAGUAUCAGCCAAAAAUGAUGACGGCCAACAGCUCCGAAAAGAUGCAACCGUCUAAAGGAUUAUUAAUGCUGUCGAAGAAAAUAUCAUCGGAAAAAAUAGGCGUGCCAACGAAAGUCCUUAACGGUAACGCGCUCCAGAACGAUAAGACCGUUCGGAGGGUCGAUCCACUGGGACAACGAUCUAACAGCAACUCCAGCAUAGUCUCUACGUCGUCUAUGAGCGUACAAAAUCGUAAGUUGACGAAGGAGGCAACGAGUAAGAUUGCGAGUCUUUGGAAAAAGGUCGAGGAGAGCAAGAAUAGGCAGCGUUUCGAAAAGCCGGAUACCAGGCAAUGGAUAAGGCCCACCAAUAGCGCCACCGAAGUAGACACUGCAACCGCAGCUGUCACGUUCGAUAACCCGCCGGCGUACAGACUGUUCCGCAGUUCCACGUUCGAGGGGAUUUCUCAGGAGGACAGCAGCAACGGUGAUAUGUUGCCAUACAAAUCCAAAUCCAACCGACCGCCGGUUUUAAGCACACAGGUUGGACUUGGCGGAUCCAAAUACAGGAACUCCUGCGACUUGACGGGCAUGAAUGCCCACGAGGCACCUUGCAAAAUCCCGGUGAAAUCCUCCGAGACGUACAAGCGGGAGAUGACGCAGUUGGGUGAUAUCCUGGUGACCAUGAGGAAACAACCGAGCGUCGAUCUCGCGGCGGAAGUGGAUCCCACCAAGAGAAUAUCCAGGCUUGGUUCCUUCAUCCGCGUGGACCCAACGAUGGCAGCAGUGGAGAACAGCGGUAGCGGCAUGCGAACGGCAGCUUCGGCGAUCGUACCGCCCUUCAAUUACAAUCCAAAGCCAGACAUUCCAUUGCAAGCGGCCAAAACCAAAUCGGACGAGGAUCAGGGUAAAUUCGAGACGACGGAUUGCCACGCGGAAAUAGCCACGGGGUCCACUCGGGUAACGACGGUAUAGGGAGACGAAUCCUCUAAAUAAAGCGUGAAUAAGUUCUGUAAUAAUCGUCUCCUCUUCGUUCCUGGCUAGUCAUUGUGUAUAUUCGCUUGCUAUAAUACAUUUGCCUGCACACAUUCGUCACAUGUGAUAUGCAUUACAUUAAGUAGAUAAUUUUAAUCAUUUCUUCCUUUAUGUUUUGUUAUGUACGGCGUAUAUGCUUCGGAGCACAUACAAGUCCUUUAAUAUUUUACCCAAAAUAUAAAAAAUAAUUAUGGUAAUAUCCAUAAUCUCAUAGGCAUCGCGAUGCCAACCUCUUCAAUAACGACAAAACCGUGUGAAAUAUUAAUAGGAAAUCUCAAGACCAUUCCUGUCCAUUUUGUCUGUUGUAUAUAUACAUGAUAUUUAGAAUAAUUCAGAGUUUGAAAAAGAGAGAACCAGUCGAAAAUUUAGUACGUAGCGGUGAUUCUGAUCGGUUAUUUAUUCAAUUUUGUAUAUAUAUAUAUGUCGAUAUAUAACGUGAGUGAAGGAUGUAGAAAGUUUUAGUAGCACGUGUUUAAACCUGUGUACGAUGUGUAGCACGAUGUGCUGGUGAUGCAUUGCUAGUGAUACAUCUUCGUAUUCGAGGUUGAGAAAUCGGGGAGAGACGAGGCGAUCUGUAUUUUAUUUUCUUCAUAUUAAUCGAUUCGUAUCAUCUCUCACAAACGGAUACAAAGUCUAAUUAUUUUUUGAAGACUGAUAAAGUAAGGCGAUGAAGAUCUGGAAUAAGCGUCUUCGAUCGAAAAUUAAUCAUAAUGAGGAAGUACCGUUUAUAUCGACUGUAAAUGUAGAGCGGUCUAAUUGUAAGUAGUUGGCUAAAAACAGCAUUACAAUAACGGGACAAAAAUUUUAUAAGCAUUACCUUAAGUUCUAGUCUACAGGCAAUAUGUCGUCUAUUUUCGUCACAUAUUACAUGUAUUAUGAAUAUUUGUUUUGCUUGUAAGCAGUGUCUAUCAAAAUCGAUCCCCUUCGUGAAAGUAAAUGUAUUACUAAAGGGGUGUACAGAUCAGUGAGAUCAGAUAUAGAUCUGAGAUCAAAAUGCUAUAUGUUUAAUUAUUAUUUAACAUUAUUUUUGUCUUUCAUCGAAGACUUUAUUGCAGACGAGCAGCUGCAAAAUUAUUUUAUUAUUUUUACUUUUGUUUUUAAUUUUAUCCUUGAUCUCUUAUCUUUUAUAACAUGUCAAUUUUCCUUCUGCGUGAGAAUUAAAUUGUCAUCGAACUCUUAUCAGAAGGAGAUUUUAAGGACAUCCGUGACUUUCUGCGAGUCGCGAUGGUGACUCCAGAAGUAUAAGCCCAAUGCGAUCUUAGUGGUAGCGUCAAUCGGCCGAUGAGGGCGAUAAGCAUUUUCCUCAAAGUUUAUAUAUUUAGUCGGCGCGACCAGGAGCUCGCGAGAAAGCGCGUUGCCUACGUGCGGCUAAUUAGUGUGGUACCGAGCUGCCAUCUUGAUAGGGACACACGCGACCAUCACACAAGAUCAGCUAGAAUCUAUUAUAUUUAUUAAUUUAAUCGAAAAGUCUCUUGUGUAAACGAUCUUACCCUGUUCCAGUUCGAGUUAAUUAGAUUUAACUCCGUCAACUUGGAAACAUCAGGGUAUCCUUACGUUGUUUGAUCUGUACACCAUUCUACGUAGUCUGUACGCUAUUCUUGUAAUUUCUUGUUUUGUAACAUUAUUUUCACUUUACUCUAGGUUUUAAGAAUAACUUUUGUUACAUAUCGCCUUUUUUAAAUUUGUCAGAUAUCUUUAUAGUUUGUACAUUAUUACUUGCAGUACAAUAAAAUUUAUAGCUAAGUAUAUCCCUCCCGUCUUUAUCAUAAUCUAAACUCGAAAGAAAUGUGUCAUCGGUUGUUUGCAACUAAUAAACAGAAUAAAUGUAGCAGAUAAAAAAUA